AUGAGUCCUCAGCCCUCGCUGGACCCAAACGACCCCUUGAAUUGGUCAACCUGGCAGAAGUACUCGACCUAUUUGACAAUAUGCUGCUUUUCCUUCCUUGCAACAUGUAGCGCCUCGAAGUUCACCGUUGCCAUCCUUCCUCUCGCAAAAGAGUUCAACGUCACACCAACACGGGCCGGCCAACAAGUCUGUUUUAAUGUACUUCUCCUGGGCCUUGGAAACAUUUUCUGGGCGCCCAUCAUGCGUCGCGUUGGCAAACGCCCAAUUUAUCUCACUGCCAUGGCCCUCCUCGUGGGCACAAAUGUAUGGUCACGCUACGCAGGCCGGUUCAACUCCCUUCUCGCAUCUUCUAUGCUCUCCGGCUUUGCCUCAUCGGCAGCAGAUGCCACUGUGCCUGCUGUGGUAGCCGACCUCUUCUUUGUCCAACAGCGAGGGGCAGCCAUGAUGCUCUUCUCCGCCGCUAUGUCCGGCGGUUUCUUUAUUGGUCCUCUUAUCAGCGCUUUCUGUGUGCAACAUUCAGGCUGGAGGCUAUCUUGCACUGUGAUUGCCUCUCUAGUGGGAUUUCUUUGGGUUGUCAGCAUCUUUACACUUCGUGAGACGAGCUAUCACGACCGCAAUGUCUACGCCCCGGCAACGAGUUACGGCGAAACGAAGACUUUCAGGCAAAAUUUGAGCAUCACCAGUGGUUACAACGGGGACGGGUGUGCUAUCAAGUCUACCGGAAACCUCAUCUCAAUCCUUACUUAUCCUGGCACUCUAUGUUCUGGUCUUGCAGUUGGUGCUUUUAUUGGAGGGAGCGUUGCAGUGCAACUCGCCUCCGCGCAAUUCUUCAUCUUGCCAUCUUACUACAGCUGGCAGACCAGAUCUCUGGGACUACUCUCGAUUGCUGGGUUUAUCGGCUGCGCGAUCGCUUUAUUCUUCGGCGGUUACCUCAUUGAUAUAAUCUCUAAUCGCUUCACCACUUCUCACGAAGGCCGCCGUGAGCCCGAAUACCGACUAUGGGCUAUAAUUAUUCCUCUCAUCGUCGGCCCCAUGGGGAUCAUCCUCUUCAGUCUCACCUUGGCGGACCACAAACCUUGGAUCGCGCCCGCUGUUGGGUACGCCAUGCAGGGAUUCGGUCUCACCGCCGCAUCGAACAUCCUCUACACCUACAUAUUAGAUUCCUACCUACCUUUCGCCUCCGAAGUGGCGGCAGCAGCCUCUAUUCUCAGGGGCACCAUCGCCACAUUAUUGACCCUCUGGCUGUACCCCUGGAUCAAAGCAGCGGGAUUGAAGCAGGCAUUCGGCCAGAUCGUCGGCAUCCAGUAUUUCCUGGGCUUAUGGGUCAUUUUGUUUUUAUUUUGGGGGAAGCGAAUCCGCCUCAUGACGGCACGAUAUGGGCCGAUGUCCCGCUGUCGAUAUGCACGCCAGCCCGGGAUAUGUGAUUCGUGA